AUGGACGACAGCGACUUGCAGACCGUCCCGCUCGACAACACGUACGUCGAGACGGUUGUGCAUCACGACCGAGAGUUUCAACGAUAUGCUCUCGAUAACGGCGUUUAUUUCGCCCCAGUCGACGAGGACGAAGCCGAGCGCCUGCGCAUCAUACACAACGUAUUCAACAGAAUGUUCGAAGGCAGAUUGAUCUUCCCACCAAUGCCGCAACUCAGAAGGGUGCUCGAAUGCGGUUUCGGCUCUGCGUCGUGGGCCAUCGACGUCGCUGAGCAGUACCCGACCUGUGAGGUUAUCGGGAUCGAUAUUUAUCCCAAUAUGGCGCCGGAAAUCAUCCCUCCCAACCUGAAUCUCCAAGUGGAUGACCUCAACCGUCCGUCGACUUUCGCCUCGAACCACUUCGACCUCGUCAAUAGCCGACUGAUGGCCGGCGGCAUUCAUUCUAAUAGAUGGGGGAACUAUAUGGCCGACAUCCUCCGGGUUUUGCGCCCCGGCGGAUGGUGCCAGAUGGUGGAGAUAUAUUUCAACGCCCAGUCGGAUAACGGCACCUUGACUGACAAUCAUGCGCUGCGAACCUGGUCCAGCAGAUACUUGCAAAGCCUGCAGCCGUACAAGGACCCGCGAGCUGCGUUGCAACUGCAGAACUGGAUGACGGAUGCGGGCUUCGUCGAGGUUGAACGCAGAUUAAUAAUUUUGCCCCUGAGCGGCUGGUCAAGCGAUCCCCGAGACCACGAUUUGGGGGUAGCAAAUCGGGACAAUGUACACCGACUCCUCGCAUCGCUGGCAAUAUACCCCUUCACCGAACGCCUCGGGAUGACUCCAGCAGAUGUCCAGCUCCUUGUGGCGCAGGCUCGAAUUGAGGCUGAUAAUCCGGCUUUUAAGGCGUACUUCCCCGUAUAUGUGUGUAUUGGUCGCAAGCCGGGCGGUAGCGGACACUCGAAAGGCUCUCGCCACCAUCACAGCCACCGCAGUGGACGGAAUGGCGAUACGAGGAAGCGUGCGAGAACCUGA